AUGUCCGAUUCACCUUCACCCUACAUCGCCUCCAACUCCUCUUCUACACGCUUUUUAAGAGAUGAUGAGAUUUCGCAACAUUCAAGUAUUACGAUCGAGCCAGCACGCAAAAGUAUAAUAAUAAACGAGGAUUCAAAAUCAACUUCAAGAGGAAGUGAAGCUACGAGAGAAGUAGUUGCCAAGAAAUCAUUAACGUUGUGA